AUGAUUGGAGUUGAGUCAAGUCUAAGCACUGCCACUGAGCAGGACCUGUGUCCAAAUCUGCCAUAUUCCGCCUUCCCCCUUUACGUCCCCCCUCCCGCCUACCUGCGACGGCGCACACGCGGUAAAUUUCCCCCUCCGGUUUCAACGUGGGUGUUGGGGGACCAUCAGACGGGGGGAGAGAGGGCGGCGGAAGCUGCGGGAUGCGCAGAGGGGGGGAUUUGGGGGUCGGAGAAGGGGGGUUGGGCGACGGGGGAGGGGAAGGGGGUGGUUUUGGAGGCGGGGAAGAAGGGGGGGAAGGCGAAGGUUGUGGUGGAGGGCGCGGAGGAGGCGGGGGGCGAGGGGGAGAUGGCGGAGGAGGCGGUGGUUUGGGCGGAGGGCUGGGGGGAGGUCUGGGAGGGGGAGACGGCGGGGGAGGAUUCGGGGGCGGAGAAGGAGGCGGAGAAGGCGGAGGGCGCGGAGGAGGGGGGGGGCGAGGGGGAGAUGGCGGAGGAGGCGGUGGUUUGGGCGGAGGGCUGGGGGGAGGUCUGGGAGGGGGAGACGGCGGGGGAGGAUUCGGGGGCGGAGAAGGAGGCGGUGAAGGCGGAGGGCGGGGAGGAGGCGGGGGAGGACUGGGAGGGGGAGGGAGCCGGGGAGGAGGAGAAGGGGGACGAGGAGGAGGCGAAAAGGGGGGCGGGGCGGGGCCGGGUCGGCGAACGAAAUCAGUGA